CAAAGAUAGUAAUGCUUGGCACUUAGGCACUCUAUUCACUAUUUCAGCUGCAGGUAUCAUUGAUCAGAGGAAGUGAACCAAUUACAGCAAUUCUGUUUAUUUAUUCCUGACAUCCAUAAACAAAAAACAAAUGUCUGCACAAAAUGAUACGCUUAAACAUGCCUUUUUAAUUAAUAAUGACAUUUUCAUGAGAUUAUUUAUUCCCUCUUGAGCUCCUUUAUAUAACUAAUUUUCUCUGUGAAACAGUAAUUGGACUGCCAUAAUUACAGCUCUGACAUGGGGCUUCAAACAUCCAAAAAAGAGGACAAGAAAAUAUUACUGUACCUCGAUAAGUGUCCUAAAUAUAAAUGUACUGCUGUCAUAUUGUUAUUGGAUGAUGGUUUGAACAGUUCACAUAAUGCUCUUAAAAUCCUGCUACAAGUCAGGCACUCUAGUUUCCACUGAUCUGAUGCAGACUGAGGGUGUUUAAUAGCUUGUAGUGAUGUGCUUAUCAGGAUGCUAAUAAUAAAGUAGACACAGGCAGAUGAUGCAGUUCUCCAUCUCGCAGAUGAGAAUAAAUAAUUCCUAAUUAUCAAUGAGCAGUUGGUCAUGUUCCCAUGGUUACAAUGUGAGAUAAGAUAGUUGGUUUUUUUCAUAAUGCAUUAAGGAAGGAAUGCAACUUUUACAAUGCUUGAUACUUUUUUCUCUCAUACAUUUUAGUGUUAAUAUGGCAGAAUAACCAUGGGAGACUGGAAUUUCCUUGGAGGCAUUUUAGAGGAGGUCCACAUUCACUCCACUAUUAUUGGAAAGAUUUGGCUAACGAUCCUCUUCAUAUUUCGCAUGCUUGUCCUUGGAGUGGCAACAGAGAAUGUUUGGAAUGAUGAACAAUCAGAAUUUAUAUGCAAUACUGAGCAGCCUGGUUGCAGAAACGUGUGCUAUGAUGAGGCCUUUCCCAUCUCUCUCAUAAGAUACUGGGUCUUGCAAGUUAUAUUUGUGUCUUCCCCUUCCUUGGUGUAUAUGGGUCAUGCCUUAUACAGACUAAGAGCCUUGGAAAAAGAGAGGCAAAAAAAGAAAGCUCAGUCUGUGCCAAAUAACCGUACAGAAAGCAGCAGCAAUUACACCCAUUGCAAUCAGGAAAAUAAAUCUCCAAAGAAGAGGCCAGCUACAAAUGCUUUAGACAAUCAGACUGAAAAUGCUAGCACAAAUAAUAAUGAAGGCUUUCUUGGCGAGCUUUGGACUGAGAUGCAUGAUGCACAAGAAGAGGCUGAAAAGAAACAUUUUCUUAUUACUCAGAAUGCAGAUACAGCUUCAAACAUGUACUUGAGAAGCUUUGCUGAGAUGCCAUCUCAAACUUUAUUGCAACCUGAUACAACUUUUCUUAAUACCAGUUUUAGAGGACAGGCAAUGGUAGAGAACACAGGAGCACCAACAAAUUCCCUUCCAAAGAACAGUGACAGAGGACAAAGCAGUUUCAGUGUAAACAAAGCCCAAAUUCCUUACAAUGCUGAUGUAAAAAAUUCCAGCCGACCAGACACUUCUGAUUCUAUGGGGGUGGUGAGCUCAGAAUCUACACAAAGCAGAAACUGGAACAGUCCUAAGCUUUCCUCUCUGUCUAGGCAACAGUCAGUGUCAAGCAAUGCCAGCAGUAGGCGUGCCCCCACUGAUCUUCAAAUAUAGUGUGAAUUAACCAUUAGCUGCACUAAGCACUGCUGGCAUAAUUCCUGAACAGAGACAUAACCCAGAUCUAUGUGUAAGUGUAGCUAAAUAAUUCAACUUUAACCAGCUGGUUACAUAGAUAAAAAAGUUGUGCAGCCCUUUGAAUAGUAGCUAAGUAAUUUUAAACAGUCUCUUUACUUACUUUGUAAUGAAAGUGUGGCAUAGACCUCAGUGUAUAAACUUCUACACUCCAGCUAAAAAAGAAAACAUACAUCCUCUCAAUCUACAUAUUAGGAAAAAGUCAGGCAUAAAAUCAUAACUGAUACUAUUUAAACUGAAUAAAAGUAGAAGACAAAAUUUACAGUCAAAUGAUAUUUUUUACAAAGACCAGUAAAUCAAAUUAGACUAACGAUGCCAUUGGUGCUCUCAGAAAAAAUUAUUGGUAAAAAUGUUUCUGCUUAAUCAGUCUGAGAAUUCAAACAGACAUUUGAUAGCUGACCCAAAGCAGAAUGUCAAAAAUAUUCCACUGUUCAAACUGUGGGAAAUACAGAGAUUUUAUUUAUCAAUACAGAGCUCUUAUUUACAAGUAAAUAAGAGAAAAGCAUUUACAUAACAGAUCACUAAUUCUCUGACUCCAUGUUACACUUUCUUUUCAGUGUAUCACCACUGACUUUCUCAGCAGAAAAAUCAAAGCGAAUUUCUUAUACUGUACUGUCAGAAUUCAAUACACCACUACAUUUUUAGAACAUCACGAAUUACAUAAAUGUUGUGAGUUUUACUUUUGACAUUUUUCAUAACACUAAUAAAUAGCAAAAUCAGAAAGCAAGUUACUGAAAUUUAAUAAUCAGACAUUUUGAAUUUCAUAAACCAGAAUUCUUACUAUGAAAAACAGAAAAAAGACAAAAACAAAAACAGAGAACAAAAAAAGCAAAUAUGGUAGUACCUUUGUGCCUUCAGUUACAACGUCAAAAGACAUAUAAAAGGUUUAUCAAACAGUAAAAUUACUCCUUUUCUGUUUGUCUCUCCCCCAAAUUCUGAUAAACUUUUAAAUCAAAUAAAGCUUCUACCUGUUUAG